AUGAGAGUUGACUCAUCCGAAAUAACCACUAAUGGUUCGAUGUCUGCAUCAGCUUUUGCAACAUGGUUGCUGCGCAUCGGAGACGGAGUCAUUGGUGUACCAGACAAGGACGACCCACAAGACUCAAGCUUUAUCGAAAUUCCAGAUUCUCUCCUGAUAAAACCAGGACCUGAGUCUUUGAAAACCCUAAUACACUUUUUUUAUGGAGACACCACACUUACAACCCCAACCGCGGUUGACCUUUCGGUGAAAGCAAUUGUGUCACCUACGAAUUAUACAGCUGAUGACAUAAAUGAACAGAUCCUAAGGAUGGUUACAUCAGACGGAAGAACGUAUAACAGUUUAGAUACAAUCCAACCAAAUGGAAAAUAUACGUCAGAUUUCGAAGGCCUAUAUCCGAUUGAAUACCUAAACCACCUAACCUUUCCAAGAAUACCCCCGCAUGAACUGAAACUUAAAAUACAUUGUCCAAUAAUGUUGUUACGAAACAUCAACCAAAAACAAGGCUUAUGUAAUGGCACACGUAUGAUAGUUUCCCAGUUGCUACCAAACGUAAUUGAAGCAAGUAUCAUGACUGGAACUUGCAUGGGAAAACGUGUAUACAUACCACGUAUAAAGUUUAUACAUAAAUCACCAGACACACCGUUCACUUUCUCACGAAAACAGUUCCCAUUGAAAGUAUGCUAUGCAAUGACCAUCAAUAAGAGCCAAGGACAAUCUUUGCAUAGAAUUGGAGUGUACUUACCACAACCCGUCUUUUCACACGGUCAACUUUAUGUCGCCCUUUCCCGAGCAACACACUUGACAUCAUCGAUGACCAACAUCUCCAACCUUAAGACAGACGGGAUCGGGGGUCCCUUACAAGUUAGGAUACUACGGAAGUGGAAACAUGAUGUCCGACGCUAUGAAACUUGGUACCUAGGUGUCAACAAAUUUGGCGAUGCCAUACAGAUUCUUGGCCAACGAACCAACCAGAGUUAUAUCGAAUCUGUACUAAACGUCCUGGAAUGUUACACAAUAUCAGAUUACAGCUGCCCGAAGCUAGACAAAUAUCAAAAAUUCCUUGAAAACGACUUCUACAUUGACGUUGGACUGAUGUCUGUGAUUGAACACAUUUCAGACACAGUAAGUACUUCUCUCAACCCUCCACGUUAUACAAUAUCUUUCUCUCAUACGUUUACUUUUUACUUCUUUUCAUACUAUAUCGGUGUACUAUCGAAAAUCAGAGACUACACGAAAAUAGGUGGAGAAUCAUUCAUCCUGCUUAUACUAACAGACGAAAGUGGCAGUGAAAUCGCAAUCAAUCUAUGGAAGGACUGUAUAGGAAAUCCACAAAAGUUCGACCGUACCUCCCUACAUCCACCACCCGCAACAACUGUGGUUACAGUCACCAACCUAAAACCGUCCAUCUCAAACGGACCCUCACGACCGCUACCACCACUACCAGGAACACUCACUACUCUAUACGAGAUGAAGUCAAAAAACAGAUCAGAACUCCUGGACAAAACCUUCCUUGUGCGUGCAUCUAUUAAAGAGUUUGUCUACCAAAACAGUUGGUACCAAACCACCUGCCCAAAUUGCAAAGAUCUGAUCUUUAGAAGAGGCGAAAAUUGGUUCUGCAGCGCUCAUGGACAUAUCGACAAACCAAACUACACGUACAAACUGUCCAUAAUCGUUAGCGAUGCGACCGACACCAUCACCGCAACCAUGUCAGAGACCUCAUGUCGGAAACUCCUAAAAUCAACUCUUGACUACUUCCUAUCCAAUACCCCGCUCACAGAUGGACGUAUUCUACCUCAAGCCAUUACAAAUCACAAAGAAGAACCAAAAAAAUGUCCAUCCAAAUGCUCAGAGGAUCAUCUCCAGAAAACAUACGUUUCAUAA